AUGGAGAUUGGGAUCCUCGCCUGUUAUGCUCUCAUUGCUACUACUUCUGGAUCUACAGCAGCUAUUACAAACAGCCUUGUUGGACCUGUGACAGCGGCAGGAAUUUGGGUCAGUAUCGUGAUUGAUAUAGCCAAUUGGUUCCUGUUCAAAUUAGUCAAACAAAUUAAUUCAUCUCAAAUGUGGCUCAUUAAUCUAAUUUGUCAAUGUAUUGCACUUGUAUUCACCAUAAUCCUAAUUGGUAUCACCGGAAACUAUGUGAAUACACAUCAAUUUGCUUCAACAUUGUACUGCAAUAGUUAUGGGAGUGGGAAUAAAGUCUUCAAAAAUGCAUGCUCAAAAUAUCAAUUACAUCAAGCUCAACUUGCUUUUGCUAUUCUGAUCUUCUUCACACAACUUUUUUUCAUCGGACUCUACGUAUAUUUAAACAUAAUUGUACGUCCAUUUCCUGUAGCACCUGCUCCAAUUGUCUAUGAUAACAACCAAAAGAAUCAAGCAGUACACGCACCUCCACCCUAUGAAGCACAGCCUUAUACUGGUGCUGCAUAUCCUCACAUGGCUGCUGUUCAGCAUGGUGAUUCACAUGCGUUUAAUGCGCCCACUGGCGGUUCGUAA